GCGCCUUCAAACGGAUGUGCAGGGGCCGCCUGAAUCGAACGCCUCCACCCAUUCGUGCCCCGUGUGCGGUUGUCCUUUGCUUGUUUGUUUUGGCUGGUGUUCUGAGACGCCCGAUCGCCGCCCUAUACCUGUAGAAAAAAAAAAAAACGCUGGCUCUGCUGCUCACAUCUACUUCCUUUUUGUUAUGAGUGUUUUGAGUGAACGCUCUUCCUAUUCUUAUUGUUGUUGAGCUUUCCUCUUUUUCUUUGAGUGUUUCUGCUGCUUCUCUACCUUGUUGUUAUCAAUACUAUACGCUGUUUCUUCUAUUCCAAAUAUCUCACGCAUCAGCGCAUUGCACCCCUCCCGCUGCCCUGGUCCACUGUUUGAACGGCGGUAAUUGAGCCAAUGCGUCAGAACGCCGCGCAGCUGAACCGGAUGCAGAUCCGUGAGCAGGAGGCCCUCAACCGACAGCGGCGUGUGCAGGACGACGCCGCGGCGCGUGGCGAGGAGCAGGCGGUCCGCCGCACGCAAGCGCAGUACAGCCACGUCGCCUCGCACGGGUACGGACGUGGUGGCUCAGCAAGAAGUGGGGACACCCCGCCAACCGUCUCCGCCGGCGCCUCCUCGUCUCGUGGAGCGGCAGGAGGAGUUGGUGGUCGGGCGGGUGCGGGCCGGUCAAGCCUUAACGCCGGCGUGGCUCCCGGCGAGGAUGUCGAGAUUACGGUGUACGUGCGGGAGUGCGACGACGCGGCCGCGCAGGCCUUCACGUACAAAGAAAGCGGCUCCGCUGGUGCGGCGCGUGUUCCGCGCGGCUCGGGUGGGCCGUCUGCCGCCGCUGCCGUGCCCGGUGGCCGACACGUCGUCAGCGGCGGUGCGACGCGUGGACCGGGUGCGGGAGGAGGAGGAGGAGCAGCAGCGGCGCCGCCGUCGUCGUCGAAGCCGGACAGCGUCCUCGCACCGAAUCGGGCACGUGUCCCACGAUAUUUGCAGCAGCGCAAGGCCGAGAUGGCGGCGGAGAAGGAGGCCGUCGAGGCGGAGGCGGCGCGGCAGCGGCAGCUCUCGCAGAUUCCACCGGGGCACCGUCGCGUGUCGGAGGACGAGAAGGCAGACACGCUGCGCCGCCUUGAUGAGCGGCAGCAGGAGCUGGAGGCGCAGUUGGCAAAGAUCCCGAUCCGCUUCGACACACAGUCGAUCCAGCAGCGUCGCCGCGCGAUUGAGAACGAGUUGCGGGAGUUGGAGGCGAAGCGCAGCAAGUACGCGACGAAGAAUAUCUUGUACGUUCCGUUGAGCGAAGGUGGCGGUGCGGCGUCGCAGCGGUCACCGUGA